CACACACACACACACACAUUGAGCGACAAAUAACACACACGCACACACACAUAUACACACAUUCAGGAGGUGAAUUCAGGAGGAAGCGCAGCUCGAGGUCUAUGGCGAUGAAAAUGGAUUUACAUGCCAUCAUAGAGCAAAUGGAGACUGGAGAGCAGGACGCAGCUUUGGCGGCUCUACAGAGCUACAACAAGGAGAUGAACCAGUGCUUCACAUUCAGCAGUGAAGAAAAGCAGGACAGAGAGCAUCUCGGGGAGUUGGUGCUCGGUUUCCUCAACGGGGAGUUGCAGCCCUCAUGUCAGCUGGCAUGUCUAGAAACAGUUCGCACGCUGACGAGAGACAAACUCUGCCUGAAACCGUUCAUCAGCCGCUCAGCCAUGUCCACUCUUGCCCGCUACGCUGGCAUCUCCGUGGCCAGCGCUGCUGCUGCUCCGGACCACAGCAAACCCAUGCAAGGUGAAGCGGAGGGUGAGGGGGGAGCGACAGAAGGAGAAUCCGGUGAGUCGGCGAAGGAAGCCUCGCGUCCGUCAGAAAACUCCGACCAGGAGGCGAUUGUCGAGGCUCUCAAGUCCUUAUGUAACAUCCUGCUCCACAACGAGACUGCACAGGUGGUCGCAGCAGAUCUGCAGCUGAUAAAGGGUGUUUCCGAAAGGCUGAAGCAGUGUCAUGAUUCCCCCUGGAACCAGGAGGUGCGUUUCUUUGACUUACGCCUCACCUUCCUGCUGACUGCCCUCAGAGUGGACGUCAGGGCUCAGCUCGCUCAGGAACUUCACGGCAUCAGUCUGCUCGGCAACCAGAUGGACGCCACACUGGGUCUGUGUUGGCCAAACACAUUGGAGACGGCCAGGCCAGGAUUCGAGGGUGUCCCGCCUGAGGAGCUUCCCCCAUUCAGCCGGGACCAGACAGAACUGGCCAUGGAAAUACUGAAAAUACUGUUCAAUAUCACCUUUGACACAACUAGGCGUAAGGUCGAUGAGGAGGAGGCAGCAGAGUGCCGCCAUUUGGGAGCCAUACUGAGACACUGUUUAAUGAGCCGAGCAGAUGGAGAGGAGCGGACGGAGGAGUUCCACGGCCAUACUGUUAACUUGCUUGGUAACCUGCCCCUGCCCUGUCUGGAUGUGCUGUUGCUGCCCAAAGUGCAACAAGGCUCCAUCGAGUACAUGGGGGUCAACAUGGACGCCGUCAACACGCUGCUGGGGUUCAUGGAGAAAAAACUCGACCGGGGCCAUAAACUGAAGGAGACCCUUCUUCCGUCACUGAACCUGCUGACGGAGAGCAGCCGCAUCCACAGAGAGACCCGGAAGUUCCUGAGGUCAAAGGUCAGAGGAAAGCCUAUCAUGAAGACGAGACGAAUGAGGACAGUUGGUGAUUUGAUGGCCCCUGUAAUGUGUGUGCAGGUGCUGCCCCCGCUGCGUGACGUGAAGAACAGACCUGAGGUGGGCAGUGCUAUGAGGAACAAACUAGUGCGUCUCAUGACACAUAUUGACACCGACGUGAAGAACUGCGCUGCUGAAUUCCUCUUUGUCCUCUGCAAAGAAAGCGUCUCAAGGUUCAUUAAGUACACCGGGUAUGGUAAUGCCGCCGGUCUGCUGGUUGCCAGAGGGCUGCUGAGUGGCGGCAGAGACGCUGGGAUCUACUCAGGAGACGAAGACUCGGAGACGGAGGAGUACAAAGAGGCCAAGGCUCAGAUAAACCCGAUAACAGGAGUAGUAGAAGAAGAGCAGCCCAAUCCCAUGGAGGGAAUGACAGAGGAGCAGAAAGAGUAUGAAGCUAUGAAGCUGCUCAACAUGUUUGACAAACUGUCAAGGAUCAAUGUGAUUAAGCCCAUGCAGCUCAGUAUGGACGGCAGGAUGAGAGAGCUGACUGCAGAGGAUAUGCAAAAACUCAACCACAACCCCACGUUCCCACCAGAGGAGCCAAGCAGUGAUGAGGAGGCUUAGUUACGGAGGACUGAGGCGUCGAGGCAGAAACUCUUGUGACCCUCGUGACAAUCCCAGCAGAACUGUCUCAUCGUUUGUAACAUUUGCAGUCCGACCUUUUGCCCUUUCUUUACUUUUAGGCGGUGAAGUGUAGACGGUAAAAAAAACAAAACCCAUAAUAAUGGAGUACAGCUUGGCUUUCUGUGUGCAAUUCUAUCUACUGCAAAUCCCCGGUGUUUUAUUGCUGAUUAAGAUCCUUCCAAAGAUGCUGUCCAUUUAAUAUAUCCACACACCUCCCCCCCAGUUACUGUUACUCAGGGUAAUAAUCCACUCACUUCACCACAGGAAUGACUUAAGAGUAGAAAACGGGAAAAACAACAGAAGUGAACGUGUGUAAGCGUGUGAGCCAAAGAGAUGCUGCUCAGUUGGUGAUGACGGAGUCAGCUGUAUUUUUGAUAGACAGACAAAAAUAAAAUGAAAGAUUUUUAGUUGCUUUUGUUCCAUAAGGCCUCUCAGAUGUUUUAUUUUUCAGACGUGAAAUGUGAAACCGCUGACAGAUAGGCUACGUUUUUAAUUUGGGACCGGAAAUGACAUAUUAUGACGCAGAGAAAGAGUCUGUAACCUGAAAUGCCCCACACAACAGAUUCCUUCUCAUGUAUAUUGUUGUUGUAUAGCUGCCAGCUAUCAUGGGCUGUAAAAUAAUAUAUUAAAUGUGUUUAAAUGA